AUGGACGUGAAUAAGGAAAAUGGAGUAGCAGAAAGCUCGCCUAAAAUUUAUUUGGACUACAAUGCCACAACUCCUCUGGAACCAUCUGUCCUAACAGCAAUCCAUGAUGCUUUGCGAGAUGCUUGGGGAAAUCCUAGUAGCUCUUAUGCAGCAGGAAAGAAAGCAGGUCACGUGAUCAAAGAAGCUCGGCUUUCAGUGGCCAACAUGAUUGGUGCAUUAGAGGGUGACAUCAUUUUCACAUCAGGUGGUACUGAGGCCAACAACAUGGUGAUCCAUUCAGCACUGGAACACUUCUAUGAAUUUCAUAGAGAAAGGGAAAACCAUAUUUCUGAUAUGAAACCCCAUGUGAUAACUUCAAAUCUUGAACAUGAUUCGAUCCAACUCCCUCUCUUGCAUCUUGCAGAGCAAGGCAAGAUAGAACUGACCUUUGUCCCAGCCUCUCAAGACUCUGGAGCAGUGACAACAGAGGCAAUAUUAAAUAAAGUUAGACCAAGCACCUGUUUGGUGACUGUCAUGAUGGCAAAUAAUGAAACAGGGGUGAUUCAGGUAACAUGAUCAAUCCUAUUUAAAAUCUUUCUGUUAUUUGAAGACCCAGAUAAAGGAACUCAGUAUAAGAAGCCUCAUAGCCAGAAGAUUACAACAAUCAAGAAAAAUCUUUUUCCACUGCAGCCUAAAGGUUUUUAUAGCCAUGAAAAAUGGUAAACAUAUGAUUACUUAAUUGACCACAAUUUCAAUGGGGCUCUUCAGGGGUAAGGUGAAAAAUUACUUAAAACAAGUAUUUCUUGAAAGAGAAAGGGGAAUCCUUGAAUCAUUUGCUCAAGGAAUGGCAAGGGAACUAUUUAUUGCUCAGGUGAUUAUUGUAGUAUUUCUUCUAACCUUUUCAUUCAUCAAAGAACAUGGACACAGAGUUGGGUGCACACAUCACUAGAUCAACCUUGAAACUCCAUAUUAAAGAGAGAAAAAAUUGAAUGAUAUGGGAUAUACUGUAGCGGUUGUGUCCACAUUCAUUGACCAGAAAGUUUUAAACAGGCUGGAAAUGUUCAGCAAGAAGCUAAUAAAGCCCUUGCUAUAGUCACCUCUCACAAGCUAAUUAUAGCAAGAUACAGAACAAUCCUUGUUUAGCCAGAUUGCAAGAAUCUAUGUAAUCGCUUGAGCAAAUAUAUCACUAAAACCAGAUGUUCUAUAAUUAACAUGAACUGGGUUAAUGACCACAGACCACAAGUCCAUAACUCCAAAAACUCAGCCGUAUUCCCUUCAGAGAUAUUUCAAACAAUUCAGGACAUGUACAAGUUUCACCAGAGAAAGAGAUAAGUCUAAUUAACAGCAGCCAAAUGGCUCAUGAACUACAUUGCUCACAUUCGUAACUAUACAAUGAUCAAGGUUUUUUUCAUUGUUGAAAAUUGUGGUACAAACAUUAGCAUUGAGAAGCAUAAGAAUCAGAAGUUUUUUGAUUUGGGGUAGUUUAAGGUGGAUAACAUCUGUAACAAAGCUAAAAGGUUACACUCUGUUCAUCAUAUAUGAAGCUUUUCUUUCCUUAACCAUUUGAUCCCAAAGAGUGACUAGCUUCUAAUUUCUCUCUUCAAUAUCAUCCUUGAAUCACAAAGUAAGGUCAUGAGAAUAAAGGAAAUGAUCACCAACUGAAGAAGUUCUUAAUUGUUAAGGGUGGGUGGGAGUAGGAGUGGUUCUUUUGAGCAGGAACUAGCAAGGAUCUUUUGUAAGUAAUUGAGCAAUAAUUGUAUCUGAUUAAGGAAUGACAUCUUAUUUUUCAGCCAAUUGAAAACAUUUCCAAGGCUAUUAGGGGGUUAAUGAAGAGUCGUCUGUCUCAGGAAAUGCCCAGGAUUCUUGUCCAUACUGAUGCUGCACAAGCCAUUGGCAAAAUUAAAGUGGAUGUGAAUGACUUGGAAGUAGACUACCUCACAGUUGUGGGACACAAGUUCUAUGGACCUCGAAUUGGUACGAAAUUAGAAUUGAUGGGGUGUGUAGACUUAAGCCUUUAAGUGACUUGUGAUGCACUAUAAGAUUCUCCUUGUGCUCCACAAGGCAAUAUGAGAAAAUUUUGAAGGAGAACCUAGCAGUCUAUCAGAGUCACAUAGGGCUUUUCAUGCAUUGCUUCAAGUGGGAUCAUACAGCUGUUUUAGGAAAGAUUAUUUGAAAAAAGCAAAAAUGUGCAUGCAUCAACUUUGAAAGGUAAUCUGGGUAUCUGGUAAUCAGAGAAUUUUAAUAAGUUAAAUAUAUAAAUGAAUUAAUUAAAUCCAGGAUUCUUUGUCCUCAUGGUGAAAAUUUCUCAGAUUUACUUGAAAAUCAAAGAACUGUGACCCAAAAAAACUACCCAAAAUACCUUUCGGGGUUAUUACAUGCAAUUUUUCACAUUUUUUUUUCAACAAGCUUUCUCAAAACAGCUUUAUACCAGUUAGUAUAUUAAUUUUUUGUGAUGAAAUUUAAAUAAAUUCAAUAUUACUUAGCCACUUUCAUAGGCAUUGUUUAGUCUUGUCACACUACAUGCUUCCUCCCUUAACAAUGGGGAGGGAGCAUAUAACAAGAUCAAACAACAGCUGCCAGUGGUGUUGGACAUUACUAUAAAGCUGAAAACUUCCUAUUUUUUUUACCUGAAAAUUUCAGUUGAUAUUCUCUAUCCUCCACCUGGUGACUUUUGUAAAAUGUAAUUUCUAUCAAAUUUUUUGGGGGAUAAUAACUUAUCAUUUUAGAUGAGUAAUGUCCCUCUCUUUCUCUAGGGCAUUGAAACAGUAAAGCCUACAUGUAAUUCACUAAGGUCUAUAUGUUAUAUUUAAGUUGCACUUAAUUGUGAAGAAAAAUUCACUGAGAAAACCUGUUGGCAGACAGUCAGCCAACAGUUGGCAGACUCUUAGGUGAUAGUCACUAAUCUGUCAGUGAUCUGUACAGCCAUACUUUUGUCUUAGAUGUUAAUCCUCAUGUAACCUCCCAGUGGCCUGUUAAUUAUCUGUCAGCCCACAGGUUUUUCUAGGGAGCUGUUCUCCACAAUUACCAAGUUGCACAUUCCUUAUCUGAAAAAAUAGCCUCACGUAGCAAAAUUAAUAACCAGCUAUUUUUUCUAACCAGGAGCCCUGUAUGUUAGAAAUCCAACAAGAGACACCCCUAUACACCCCAUGUUUUUCGGUGGAGGACAAGAAAGGAAUUUUAGACCAGGAACAGAAAACACUGGCAUGAUUGCUGGAUUAGGGCAAGCCUCCCAGCUGGUGGUGGAAAACCUGGACCAGUACCACAAAAACAUGAAAUUGGUUGGUAAUUGUGUGAAGUGUAUUUUAGAACUACAUUAAUCCAAAAACAUCAAGGCCACUGAAACCUUUUGAUAUUCACAGGGUGGUCACUUAACUCUUUAACUCCCAAAAGUGAUUAAUGCACAACUUCUCCCUCUAAUAUCCAUACAUUAUCCAGCAAACAGGUAAUGAGAAUACUCAAACUCAUUAGGUAGGAGUUCUUUUCUUGAUCAAACACCAAAUUCCUAUAACCCAUUUUCAAGGAAAUGUGUAGCAAAUAAAAGGGGAGAAUUAUCAAUUAGAUCUUAGGGCUCUUACUCAGUGUAGAAGACACAGUUGACAGAAAACAAUGGGAACAAAGCGGCAAAAGAACAAGUAAAACAUUGAUAACAAUAGUUUAAUAGGGUGGUGUUCUUUUGUGAUAUGUCCUAUGUCUUCUACACCAAGAAGGAGCCAUUUAAAGGGCUAACCAAAUAAUGAAUAACUGUAGUGUGGUUUGUUUUACUGUAGUCCAUAGGCAUCCAAUCUAUACAGCCAUAUGGAUUUUUUCAACAGUGAAGCUUUCACCCAUACUUAACACCUUUUAAAAAUAGAGAGAAAUCUCUUUUCAUGGGUGGGAGUGAAUGGUGCCAGUUGAAAGUGCCUUCAAAGAGUUGAGUUUAAAGUGACUUUCACAGCCAUGAGAGACAAGUAAAACCUGCUUCACAUAGCAAUUUUGAUUUUGUGCCAUCCCCCGUUUGGAUUUCCCUUUGGCCUGGCUUGUGUGCAUUUAUGAAAUAAAGUUUACAAGAAUUCCUCCCUUUAUCCUUUUGUUUCAGAUAAGAGACUAUCUUGAGGUCAGACUGAAGGAGAUCUUUCAAGACAAAAUUCAGGUCAAUGGGAAAUUUGAGACAAGUGAGCGAAUACCCAACACAUGCAAUGUAUCAUUUAUUGGUAUAGGACUGGAAGGAAGAAAAAUCUUGGCCACUGUUAAAAGACUGCAGGCAAGUGUUGGUGCUGCAUGUCACUCAGAUGUAGUUUCACGACCAUCUCCAAUCUUAAUUGCCAUUGGAGUCCCUCAUGACAUUGCAAUGAAUGCUCUGCGACUAAGUGUAGGACGAGACACAACCAAGGAAGAUAUUGAUGUUGUGGUGGAAGAUCUAAAGGUUGCCAUUGAGGGUCUAAGGCACAAAUAGAUCAUUAAAAAUUACCUGUGUCAUUUAAAAACUCUGUCCUGAAAAUGACUUUUGAUAUCCUCAAAUGGCUGUUGGCUGUGUGCCACUAUCACUUUGACAUAUAGAUUCCAUUUUACUGUCCAUCUGCUCUAUGAUAAAUCUCAGAAGGGGUUGAGAUAUGGAAGAAACAAAAUGUGGCACCCGAGGCGCAGCUGAGUGUGUCACUUAUGUGUGUCGCUAAUUAUUUGACUACUACUAAGUAAUUGGUGAGACUCAUUGUUCAAGUCUAAAGCCACCUUAGCAUUUAUUUUGGCAACUCUGUUUUAAAAUUUGUUACGAAAUCGGUUACUAAAUUUUCAAGAAAAACUUAUUGCUUUCAAGCAGGUUCAAAACUGACUUGCGCAUCUAAAAGGUCACCUUAAAUAACUUUUAAAUACUCAGAAAACAUUUGGUAACAAAAUCAACAAGUUGUACAUUCUUAAGAAAUCAAUCCAAUACCUGAACUUAGAAAUAGCUGAAAACGAUAACUGAUAUAAGUAUACAGAUAUACAUGCUAUCUUUGAAGGAGUAUUUUGAAAUCCCCACACAAUUUCCUAAUCUAACAGCAGUAAGGAAUGGCACUCUUAAAGAAGACUGAAAAAGGUGUCUGUGAAGAUAAUAGGAUAAAAUCAUUCUGUACUCAUGAAAGUUUUUUUUCACCAAAAAGCAAAAUAAUUUUCAUUAAGAAAAGAGAUGCAGGAGAUUGACUCCUUUAAUUCCUAAACUGAUGAUUUAAUUUGAUGUGAGAAAUUAAUGAUUGUAAUAAUUGAUAUAAAAUAUAUAAAAGUGCC